GAGAAGAAGAGUAGAGAGAAAACUGGGCCUUUGAGACCUACCAGGUUCACAGAACAGAGCUACAGCCAUGGCUGAAUCGGUUUCAGUGGACAUUGAGAGGAUCUAUCUCAGUGGAAAGGAACAUCAUAUUCGGACUGGCUGUGGUUCUGUAUCUGUCAUAGUCUAUGGGGAUCAUGACAAACCAGCUCUGAUCACUUAUCCAGAUUUAGCACUUAAUCAUAUGUCAUGUUUCCAAGGAUUAUUUUUCUGUCCCGAGGCAGCUUCUUUGCUGCUUCACAACUUUUGCAUAUAUCAUAUCAGUCCUCCUGGGCAUGAGUUAGGAGCUGCUGCAAUUUGUCCCGACGAUCCUGUCCCUUCUGCCGAUGACUUAGCAGAUCAAAUAAUUGAGGUUCUCAACCAUUUUAGGCUUGGUGCAGUGAUGUGUAUGGGAGUAACGGCUGGUGCUUAUAUCCUUUCUCUAUUCGCAAUGAAAUAUAGGGAGCGUGUUCUUGGUUUAAUACUUGUAUCUCCCUUAUGCAAAGCUCCUUCUUGGACGGAAUGGUUUUAUAACAAGGUGAUGUCAAAUUUGUUAUAUUUCUAUGGUGUAUGUGGCAUGCUGAAGGAGUGUUUGCUCCAGCGGUACUUCAGCAAGGAAGUUCGUGGUAGUGCUGAAGUUCCAGAAUCCGAGAUAGUUCAAGCUUGCAGAAAAUUGCUGGAUGAGAGAAAGAGCGUCAAUGUCUUACGGUUUCUUCAUGUUAUUAAUGAGAGACCAGAUAUAACAGAAGGAUUGAAGAGAUUAAAAUGUCGUACACUUAUUUUUGUUGGGGACAGUUCUCCUUUCCAUUCGGAGGCUCUUCACAUGACUUCAAAACUUGAUAGGAGAUAUAGUGCUUUGGUUGAGGUCCAGGCUUGUGGAUCAAUGGUUACAGAGGAACAGCCACACGCAAUGCUGAUUCCUAUGGAGUACUUCUUCAUGGGGUAUGGAUUGUAUAGGCCAUGCUAUUUCAGUGACAGCCCAAGGAGCCCACUUAGCCCUUCUUGCAUCUCUCCCGAGCUCCUUUCUCCAGAAAGCAUGGGAUUGAAGCUAAAGCCUAUUAAGACCCGUGUUUCACUGGAAGUUUGAUAUGGGACAAACACUUUUUUUUUUCUUCCUAAUUUUUUGAUUGUUUAAGAGGGAUAGAGAAGUGGUUGGAGAGUUGGCUGGUUGUAGAUAGAUAUAAAGGGCAAUUGAGAAUUCGUUGGAAUAUAUAGAUAUAGUAAGAUUCGUGUUCAUUCGUUUGUAGUCAGUCAUUGACGAAUAUCACUGUGAGCUGUAUCUGUAAAUUCUAUAUGGACUCGAAAUUUAUUUAUGGUUGA